AUGUCGCAUUUAACAGAUAUAAAACUACUGUUUUCUAGGUUGUCUUCUAUAAAAGCUAGUAUCAAUACAUUGCGCUAUGGAGUUCAAAAAUUUAGCCAGGGUGACAAACCACUGCCAAAAGGAAGUGUCACACCUUUACCUCCACUCUCGGAACCAAUGCCUAAUCUCCCCCCAGUGGUAUAUUCUUCAGCAAAAUCUGAAGAUACCAUAACAGAAGUUACAACCCUUAGUAAUGGAUUAAGAGUUGCAUCAGAAAAGAAAUUUGGACAAUUCUGUACAGCGGGAGUUGUCAUUGAUUCUGGACCGAGAUAUGAGGUUGCAUAUCCAAAUGGUAUUUCUCAUUUUCUUGAAAAAUUAAGUUUUGGAGCUACACAUAAGUUUCCAACUCGUGAUGUAAUGCUUAGAGAGCUAGAAAGACAUGGUGGUAUUUGUGACUGUCAAGGAUCCCGAGAUACCACUGUAUAUGCUACAAGUGCUGAUUCAAGAGGCUUAGAAGCAGUAACUCAGGUAUUGGCGGAAGUAACAUUACGGCCACAGCUUUCUGUAGAAGAAAUAGAGGCUGCACGGCAAGCUGUUGCAUUUGAACUAGAAACCUUGGCAAUGAGGCCUGAACAAGAGACAAUUUUAAUGGAUAUGAUACAUUCUGCAGCAUACAAAGGAAACACACUUGGUCUUCCAAAGACUUGUCCCAAAGAAAAUGUAAAUAAAAUAGACCGUGGAGUGAUUAUAAACUUCCUAAAAAACCAUUACACACCUGACAGAAUGGUUGUAGCUGCUGUGGGGGUUGAGCAUGGGCCAUUUGUUGAAUAUGUCCAGAAAUACUUUGUGGACUCAAAGCCAACUUGGUAUUCCCCUGAUGAUAAGGAAUUUAAACCCAUAAUAGAUAGAUCUAUUGCUCAAUACACUGGAGGAGUAGAACAGGAAGACUGUGAAAUUCCGCUUUAUCCUGGCUCAGACUUGCCAGAAUUGGCUCAUAUAGUUAUUGGUAUAGAAAGUUGUUCUCAUGGUGACCCAGAUUUCGUGGCCACGUGUGUUCUAAACAUGAUGAUGGGCGGAGGAGGGUCUUUCUCAGCUGGUGGUCCUGGAAAGGGCAUGUACACACGUCUAUACACUAAUGUACUUAACAGAUACCACUGGAUGUUCAACGCGACCGCUUACAACCACGCAUAUGGAGACACGGGCUUAUUCUGUGUGCAUUCUGCGGCACCGCCGAAUCGUAUUUACGACACGGCGCUGGUUAUAGCCCGGGAGUUGGCCAAUAUGGCUGGCAAAGUGGGCGAAAAUGAAUUAAGGCGGGCCAAAACUCAAUUGCAAUCCAUGCUGUUAAUGAAUCUCGAGGCUAGACCCGUUGUGUUUGAAGACGUUGGCAGACAAGUACUUGCCACUGGGAAGAGAAAGCCACCAUCAUAUUUCAUCAAUGAGAUUGAAAAAAUAACAGCUGAUGAUAUAGUCCGUGUGGCGCGUCGUAUGCUCAGUAAGCGGCCAUCUGUUGCCGCGAGAGGUAAACUCAGCCAUUUGCCGGCCUUCGAAGAAAUACAAUCGAAUAUGGCCUUAAGCAAGAGCGACUCGCAAGGUCGAAGAUUAAAUUUAUUCCGUGCAUAG